AUGGUAUUUGACAUUGAGUUGAUUCGGAAAGUUUACGGCUCGUUCGCCGCCAGGGUGGAGCAGGCCCGGAAAGUGAAAGGAACGUCGCUGACGCUGGCGGAGAAAAUCCUCUAUGCGCACCUGUACGAUGCGUCGGAUGCGAAAGCGUUCCGCAGAGGGGUCGAUUACGUGAAUUUCCGUCCGGAUCGCGUGGCGAUGCAGGAUGCCACGGCGCAGAUGGCGCUGUUGCAGUUUAUGAACGCCGGCCGCGACCGUUCGGCCGUUCCGGCGUCGGUGCACUGCGACCACCUGAUUCAGGCCGACCGGGGGGCCGCUUCCGAUGUGUCUACCGCCAACGAUUCGAACCGCGAGGUCCGGGCCGGUAUCAUUCAUCAGGUCGUGUUGGAAAACUACGCUUUUCCGGGCGGCAUGAUGAUCGGGACGGAUUCGCAUACGCCGAACGCCGGCGGGCUCGGCAUGGUAGCUAUCGGCGUCGGCGGGGCCGAUGCGGUGGACGUGAUGGCAGGGAUGCCGUGGGAGCUGAAAAUGCCGAAGAUCAUCGGCGUGAAACUGACCGGGCGGCUCAGCGGCUGGGCUUCGCCGAAAGACGUGAUCCUGAAACUGGCCGGGAUACUGACCGUCAAGGGCGGAACCAAUGCGAUUCUGGAAUAUUUCGGCGACGGGGCGGCUUCGCUGUCUGCGACCGGCAAGGCGACGAUCUGCAAUAUGGGCGCCGAGGUGGGGCCACCACUUCGCUGUUCGCCUAUGACGAGUCGAUGGCGCGCUACCUGCGCGCUACCGGACGCGAAGAAUGGCCGCGCUGGCCGACGGCAUAGCCGGUUCGCUGCGCGCCGACGCCGAAACGGCCGCCGAGCCGGAAAAUAUUACGACCGGGUGAUCGAAAUCGACCUGUCGUCGUUGGAACCCUAUAUCAACGGGCCUUUUACGCCCGAUGCCGCGCAUACGAUCUCCGAAUUCGGCGCCUGGGUGCGCUAUACGGCCGAACGCGACGGAAUCUUGCAGUCGCUGCUUGAGGCGGGCGGCACCGUGAUGGCCAAUGCUUGCGGACACGCUGCAAAUGCUGCCGGACAGUCCGUGAUGCUCGACGAACCGAAAGGGGACGAGUUGCCCGCCUCCGGGUUCGACGUGAAAGACAACGGGUACGUCGCGCCCGAUCCGCACGCUUCCGGCGAGGUGGCGAUCGCCGCCGGUUCGAAUCGCCUGCAACGGCUGGAGCCUUUUGCCGCGUGGGACGGGAACGACUUUACCGAUUUGCGGCUGCUGAUCAAGGCGUCCGGCAAGUGCACGACCGACCAUAUCUCGAUGGCGGGGCCGUGGCUGCGCUUCCGGGGACACCUCGAAAACAUUUCGGACAACCUGCUGAUGGGAGCCGUCAAUAAAUUCAACGGACAGACCAAUUCGUAUAAGGCGAAGGGGAUCGGUUCGAUCGUCGUGGCCGAGGAGAACUACGGCGAGGGAUCGUCGCGCGAACAUGCCGCGCUCGAACCGCGCUUCCUGAAUGUGAAGGUCGUGCUUGUCAAGUCGUUCGCGCGAAUCCAUGAAACGAACCUGAAAAAACAGGGUAUGCUGGCGCUGACGUUCGCCGAUCCGGCCGAUUACGACCGCAUCCGCGAGGACGACCGGAUCGAAGUGACCGGCCUGAAAACGUUUGCGCCGGCAGCCGAUGACCGUUACGCUGCGCCACAGCGACGGAACGUCCGAGUCGUUCGAAGCCAAUCAUACUUACAACGAACAGCAAAUCAAGUGGUUCAAGGCGGGAGCCGCAUUGAACUGCUAACGAAUUGCAGCGGUAUUUUCCGGCCGGACGGCGCGGAUCGUCCGUCCGGAAUUCCCUGA